AUGGAGCCGGACGAGAAGGCUCAGCUCGAGGAGGUUGGUCCAUGUGUUCUUGGUCAUCGGUGCAUCCAGCUAAUGCAGUGCCAGCGCCUCAAAUCCGCCCUCUGGCUGUCCAUCGGCAAGAUCGUGGAUGAGGAAACCAUCAAGCUGGGCGCGAAUGCCACCCCCCAGUUCAUCGGUGCCCUGACCGAAAUGGUCUGGGCCCAGAUCGAGACGGUCAGCCAGGAUCUCGAGUCCUUCGCCAAGCAUGCCGGACGGUCUACUGUCACCGUCCCCGAUGUGAUGCUGCUUGCUCGCCGCAACGACGGGCUGGACUCGAUUCUGCGGGCCUUUGUCGAGCAGCAGCGCCAUGAGGCUUCGUGA